AUGGCCGUAUAUGAUGUGAUCCUCUUCGGUGCCACUGGCUUCACCGGUGGCUUGAUGUUGAAGUACCUGGCCUCCAAAACCAGCGUGAAAUAUGCCAUCUGUGGCCGCAACAGGGGCAAGAUGGAGCAAGCCGUGGCAGAGCUCUCCCCCAAGCCGGAGAUUCUGGUGUUGGAUGUGGUGAGCGCUUCAUUGACAGAGGUGAAAGAGGUGGUCAAGCAGACCAAGUGCGUGUGCACCAGUGUUGGACCUUUUCAGGAAUACGGCGAAGCUCUGGUGCAGGCCUGCGCGGAACUAGGGGUGGACUAUACAGAUACCAGCGGCGAAAGCACCUUCAUGAGACAGAUGAUCGAGAAGUACGACGCCGUGGCGCGCCAGAGUGGGGCACGCAUUGCUGUGCAUUGCGGCCAGGACUGCGUGCCCUGGGACCUGAUGGUAUGGAAGUUGUGGCAGCUGAAUGGUAGCGAUCUGAUAGGAGUCAAACUCCUGGGCGAGAUGCGAGGUGUGCCCAGUGGAGGCACCUUGAGUACGGCAAUGCUGAGCAUGCGCACGAAGCCCAGCAAAGGAACUUUGGGCUUCGACCCUCUGUACCUGGCAGACGGCAAGAAGUCGGAGUUUUUGACCCAGGUCGACCUGCCCAAAGGCAGCCGCUACUACGAGGAAGCGGGCCAGAAGGGUGGACCUUGGAUCAUGGGACCCGUGAUGGCCAACGCUGUGCGACGUACCAAUGCAGUUUUGAAGAUGGUGCCGGAUCUCAAAUACCACGAAGCUAUGCUUGAGAGCAGCGAUUUUGGAUUGUCGACUCUAUCCACCAUGGCUAUGGGCAUUGCUGUUUACCUGCCCUUCACGCAGAGCUUGUGGUACAAGAUGGGCGUCUUGCCCGAACCCGGCAGCGGUCCGAGUGCCGAAGAGAUGGAGAAAGGCUUCCUGACCCUCACGGGAUAUGCGGAGACCAAGAACAAAGAGGCCAAGAUGAAGGCUGUCAUGAAGUUCUACACAGAUCCUGGCUACAAGGACACGGCGCGCAUGUGCGUGGAAGCCGCUUUGGCCCUGGUGGAGCUGCCCAAGUCUCAAAAGGCGGGUGGCGUCUACUCCCCAGCCGCGGCCUGCGGGGAGGGCCUCUUCGACAGGCUGUUGGCGACGGGAACCACCUGGGAGGUCAUCAAGCUCUGCACAGUCCUUGCUGUCCGAAAAUCCGUCACGACGGCCCAGUGGAACAGUGGGAACUAUGUGGAACGUGUGUCCGAUGUGGCGAAGCACAUCACCAUGAUCCGCAACUGCGCGGCCGAGCAGAACCUCGAGGGCGCCAUGAACGUCUUCGAGUCGUUGAAGCAGAGCGGAGCGGAGAUGAAUUCCGUGGUGUACAACACGGUGCUGGACGCCUGCGUGGAGUGCUCGCAAUUGGGGAAAGCGCAGUCCUGGAUGGAGCAGAUGAAGAAAGAUGGGAUGUCUGACGUGGUGAGCUACAACACCCUGAUCAAAGCCCAGCUACAGGCUGGCAACAUGAAGAAGGCCAGGGCAUUGGUGGAUGAAAUGCGA